CAAGAAGUAGAAUACGACAAGUAUACAAUCUAUACAUUCUCCAACAAAAAAAAAUGCAAACUCCAGUACCUGAAUUACAACUAUCCGUCAAUGACCUUCUCUACCCAAACAAGACAGCCGAAAUACUUUUGGAUAGUCUCACAACAGAACAAUUAAAUGCAAUAGAACAAGCUCUUUACAAACUUAAGGAAAAGAAGCUGGCCCUUCAAAAUCACCCUGUCAUUUCACAACCAACAAUAUCAUACCCAACAUUACCACAAGAAGAACAAAACAUAGAACAAAACAUAGAACAAAAAUGUGUAGAAAUAAAAUACGAAGAGAUAAAACAAGAAGAAGUUGAAGAAGAAAUGGAACAAGUCGACGAAAUGGAAGAAGAAGACGAUGAAGAAGAAGUCGAAGUCGAAGUCGAAGUCGAACUUGAAGCCGAAAUCGAACAAGUCAAAGUUGAACAAACACUCAUUCCAGAAAUUUUAUCAUCCACAAAUCCUUCAAUCUGGGAUUCCACUGCAGCACAAGUUGCAAAAGCACUCGCCCAGGCAAUCGCAGAAACUCAUCCCCAUUUGUCUGACAAUUCUCAAACCAAGCCACCUCUUCAACACGAUCAUAUAAACGAAAGUCCUACUUCCUCCACUCAUGAACCAGUUACUGAAGUUCGUGAUGGUGUCGAAUGGGUGAGCUUUGUAUACUCUCAUCGUCGGACACUCAAGAACUAUAAUAUCCGGACAGAUCUUGAAACGGUGGACCUGGCUACUAUGGAUGACAAGUUCAAAAGAGAUAAUUGUAUAUAUCCGCGUGCAAAUCUACCCAAAGAUUCAUAUCGUGGAAACCGUUGGAGCUAUGAAACGGAGUGCAAUGUAUUAGGCUGGCAAUUGGCUUGGUUGAACCGAAAUGAAAUUGCUUCUAAACGGGGCCUAAUUCAACGUGCAGUGGAUUCAUAUCGGAAUAGAUAUCCAAGCAUGAGAUCCCGUAGAGUUGCCCGACAGGAGAAAUUAUUGCGAGGCACUUUGCGCAAACGCAAACAUCGAGAAGACACAGUCAUGGAAAAUGCGACAAAACACUCCAAGCCACCCGUACGCCAAUGCUUGCCUUACACAUCCACAUCCAUUCCAAGGCCUCUGGACUGGAAAGACAAUAGCAGAUCUACAACAAUGUCCAUCCUAGUAGGCCCAGGGUCACCUUGGCAACUAAAAGUCAAUAUUGAAUCGGUUGCCUUGAGUAUAAUUGACCUUCAAUUUAGAAAAUCAAAUUGUGUCUUUCCGCGUGCACUUUUGUUGGCGUCGGACGCGCCGUUUCUGUCGGAUCGUAAACGAGACGAAGCCAAAUGUAACGAGAUUGGCUGGCAAUUGGCUUGGCUGAACCCUCAUCAAUUGGCCAACAAAAAGAAUCUCUUGCAACAAGUUCUUGACACAUUCCGUAACCAUCAUACUCCUCAUCUCAGACCACGCAAAUAUUCAUCCCGCGUACCUCUCACCUACCCCUCUCUCUCACUUCCUUCGCUUCCUAUCGAACCUCAUGCAGAUGAAGACAACCACUCGUGCUUUAGUGGAACCACAGCUACACUCGACUUCAAUGACUGCUUCUCUCCUCCCCCAGAACCAGAAUCUCCCUGUGUGCACUCUACAAAGGAAGUCGUCCAAACCAACCAAACCAUCCAAAUCAAAUCUGAAUUCAAAAAUGUGUUUGACUCUCUUCUUAGCUCCCUUCCCCUCCUUCAAGUCCCUCUUUCGUCUUCGUCUUCCUCCUCUUCUUCUUCUCCUUCAUCUUUAGAGCCAAUGCAGUCUGACGACGACAUUAACGAUAUUGGCGCAAGUACAAAUGCAAGUGGAAAUGCAAAUGCAUGCGGAAGUGGAAAUGGAAGUAUAAGUGGAUCAGGUCAAAGUUCAGCCAGUCCCCCUGUACCUGAACUGGCGUUGGCAUUUGACACAAUGUAUCAGCAUGCUUUGAUGGUUCAUUCUAAUGACACCUUGUUUGGACCGACUGUGGAAAUGAAAGAUUAUUGUGAUGCGAUAAAAUACGAAGACGUCAGUGCAGGCAUAGACAACUUUGAAACAAACCCACUUUUAAAUCAAUUAUUUUAAGGAACAAAAAAAAAUAUAAGAAGAAGAAGAAGAAGUAGAAGAAGAAGAAAUAACUGGAAACAAAAAAAAAAGCAAAAACAAAAACAAAAACAAAAACCUCCCAAAAAGAAAUGUGUAUAUGUAUAUAAAUGAAAACAAAAGAAAAUGAAAGAAGAAGAAGAAGAAGAAGAAGAAACAAUUGUCCUUAAUCUUUAAUAUUAUGCUCUUGCUUGUGUUUCUCUUGCAAUUCUCUUAAUGUAUGCAGCUUCUGGACUUCUUGUUCGAGUUUAGCUUUCUCCUCAUCUUUUUCUUUUAUGUGUGUAUAAAUCAAUAAAAGGAAAGAAGAGGGAUUGAUUAACAAC